GUUUCUCCAUCUCUAGCUCUAGCUGCGCUUCGCUCUGUGCUAAUGAAAAAUCGAAUUUUUUCCUAAUCAACUGAAAUUUACACGGGCAAAGUUUCACAGAAUUUACACUCAAGCGGUUGCCCAGCAUGCAAUAAGUAAAUUAUCUAGAUAGAAGAGACUAGGUCUAAAAAAGACACACGCCAGCAACAAAUGCCCAUGCAUGCUGAGGACGGAACUGAAACUGAUGAUGAGGAGUCCAGCCCAGACAGACAAUAGCAUCGUUAAGAUCGUUGAACUCCUGGAACCUUUUGAGAAGUCAAGUCAAUUACAACGCCAGAAAGCCUUUUACGUUAAUUGAGAGGACAGAAGGAACAUAAUAUUUAGCUAAACUAGCCUAGGGAUUCGAGAAACAAGCAGCGAGAUGACGGUGGAUUUCAACGAUUACUUUUGGGGCGAGAAGAACAAUGGUUACGAUGUCUUGUAUCACAACAUGAAGUUUGGCCUGGUGGCCAGCAAGGAGUUGUCCGAGUUUCUGCGCGAAAAGUCCAACAUUGAGGAGCAGAACUCGAAGAUGAUGUCCAAGCUGGCUCACAAGGCUGGCACCCUGAACAGUACAUUUGCUCCCGUUUGGACCAUACUGCGAACUUCGGCGGAAAAGCUUUCCACCCUCCAUCUGCAGAUGGUGCAGAAGCUGACCGAGCUGGUCAAGGAUGUGGCCAAGUAUGCCGACGAGCUGCACAAGAAGCACAAGUCCGUCAAGGAGGAGGAAUCACAGACCCUGGAAUGUGUACAGGCCAUCCAAACGUCGACCGUGGCAGUGCAGAAGUUGCGGGACCUCUACGCCAGCAAGGUGCAGGAGCUGGAGAAGUUGCGCAAGGACAACGGCUCGCACAAGGAUGCCGAGAAACUGGAGAGCAAACUCAAGAAAUUGCAGGAGGAGUACAAGGCUUUGUUGGACAAGCAUAAUCCCAUUAAGAACGAGUUCGAGAGACGCAUGACACAGACCUGCAAGCGCUUUCAAGAGAUUGAGGAGGUGCAUCUGCGCCAAAUGAAAGAGUUCCUGUCUACCUAUUUAGAAAUGCUGCAGAACAAUCACGAUAUGGUGGGACAAGUACAUUCCGACUUUAAGAGGCAGUUUGUCGACAUGUCGGUGGACAAACUCCUGGAACAGUUUGUGCUCAACAAGUACACGGGUCUGGAGAAGCCAGAAAUGCCCGAGCUGGAGUAUGUGGCCCUGUCGAGUGGUUCUCGACUGCAGCAGCCGCAGGUUUCUGCCACCGCAUCCAAUUCGAAUUCGGCCACCAGCAUUCAGGCAGCUCUGCGGGCUGGCAAUGCGGCGGCAACAGCCUCGGGAAGCGUGGUUUCCAUGGACCAGAGGGGCGAUGCCUUGGCAGCGAUCUCUUUGGGCAGCGGAAGUGCGGCCAGCGGAAGCAUUCCCUAUGCCGAGGAUCCGAUAUUGGGUGCCAUGGGAUCGCCGCGUCCCACAUCGCCGGACAUGCUGGCGGGAUCGAAUGCCACGCCGAUCCAGGCACAACCUACUGGGGGAGCCACGUCCACGGUGAAGAGUCUGCGGUCCUGGUUUUUGCCCACUGCCAAACAGCAGCAGUCGACGGGCGCCGGAAAUUUCGGUAUGAGCGGAAGCGGAAGUGGCAGCACCAACAACAAUACCACCAUCACGACAACAACAGCAAGCAACAAUAGCAACAACUUGAACACCAACAACACAACAGCAACAACUACAACAACAACUGGCACGAAUAAUCUCACCACCAAUAUCACCAAAAAUUCCCCCAAUUCUGAGGAUACUAGCAAUCAAGAUCAAGCACCACAGCAACCGGCAGAGGCCUUAACUCCAACCGCAAGUGCGGCUAAUAAGAAGCAAUUGAAUGCAACGACAAGCGAGCAGCAGCUAUCGAAAUCAUUAAAUGAGCAAGAUCACCUACAACAGACUGCAGCGGCUACGGCAGCAACAUCUGCAGCAGCAGCAACCGCCACAACGACAACGUCCAGACGUGCAACGUCACUUUUAAAUAUAUUCACAUCAAACUCUCAGGUCUCUGGCAUUUUACGAAGUCGCCGCGACAAGACUAAGACCAAAAAGGCAAAGAAAAAGAAAGACAACGAGGCCGCUGAGCACAUACAGGAGGAGGGCCUGACCAGUGUGGAGCGAGCCAAUAACACGCUGCUGGACUAUGACGACCAUGGACGCAGCAUGAAGACACAGAACUCCAGCGGCAGCAGCGCAGGUGGGGGCCUGGCCGCCUUGUCGGUCACCUCGGCCCAGGGAAGCGUGGAUUCGGCGGGGGCGAGCAGCAUGGGCGGCAGUGGAGGGGCUGCCGUUGCCAGUGGCAGCUUGCCCAACGCCGGGGCCCUUACCAACUCGGCCUCGACCACGGCUCCUGGCGCCUCGAGUGGCACUGGAACAGGGUAUGAGGUGGACGAGGAGGGAUUCAGCAUACAGCCAGCCAAGGAGAUUGCCUGGGAGGAGGGACAGGACAAGUCUGGCAGUUUCUACUCCGACUCGGAUACGGACUCGGAUAAUGACAAACAGGAGCGCCGGAUUCAUGUGAGCAUUAAGCCACUUAAGAAUGGCCAGGCGCCGAUGUCGGCCAGCGUGGAUGAGCUGCGCGCCACCGUGGAGAACAUUUCGUUGUCCCCAACGGGAGUAUUUUCACAUCACAGCCAGCAAUUGCAGGCAGCCAGGGGAGCUCAAGCGUCUCGCCAGCAGUCCCCUGAGAUUUCGAACGCCUCGACGCCAACGGCCAGUGUGCAUCCUUAUGCCCCGCUGCAGAGUCCCACGCUGUCCAACAAUAACAAUGCAAACAACACGACCAACAGUCGAUAUGCUGAUCUGGGCGAUAUAUUCUCGGAGCUGGGUGACAUGAGCAUGUCGGCACCUUCAUCGGCGACGCUGGGCAAGCCGCCGGGCAGACAGAUACCCACACCGACGUCAGCGUCCGCGGGCGGAAGCAUAGCCAUACCGCGACCGCCAUCACGACGCUCGGACAUGAUUGCUAUUGGGCCAGCGGCAACGGGCACAGCCCCGGGACGCGGACGAAUGUCUCCGGCUCCCGUGACCGCCAUGAAUCGUGCCGAAAGCAUUGGCAGCCUGGAGUUCCGCACGGCCAUCGGGGGAGUGGGCUCCUCGCGAGGUCCUUCGCCGCUCACGAUCGGUAUUUCGGACACCAUACCCCUGGCGGUGGCAUUCCAUGAAAUCAUUCACGCCUAUUUUCGGGGCAGCGACGAGUCGCGCUGCCAGGUGAAGGUGUCCGGUGAUAUGAUGUUAUCAUUCCCAGCCGGCAUUGCCGGCCUGUUAGCCAAUAAUCCCAAUCCAGCUAAGCUGGGUUUUCGCAUUAAGCACGUUCAGAAUCUGGAGAAUCUGGUGCCCAACGGAAAGCUGGUGCAAAUAGAUCGUCAGCAGUCGAGUACUGUGAGCACCAUGCUGGAGUUUAAUAUGGGCGCCUUGACGGCCCUUCUGCGAAGGCAGGCGGAGAAUAACCCGGCCGCCUCCUACUUCAACGUGGACAUACUCAAGUACCAGGUGCGCACCAAGCCGGGAGCUAGUUCGUGUCCCUUCCAGCUGGUCAGCUACUGGAAGUGUGAGUCCAGCUACACGGCCCUCAAAGUGGACUACAAGUACAACAAUCACGCCAUGGCCAGUGCCUCGCCUCUGCUGAAUGUCACUCUAUCGGUUCCCGUCAACGGAUCUGUGCGCAAUGUUCAGUCCAAACCGCAUUCCGCUUGGUUGGGUGAGUCGAAUCGUUUGGUGUGGAACUUUACGGACAUUUCGCAGAACUCACAGGAUGGCGGAGUGGGCACUUUGCGAGCCCGGCUUGAGCUCAACGACGGUCCCUCGACACCGGCCCUCCUGGCCACCCAGUUCAACUGCGAGGGCACCACACUCUCGGGCAUCGAGUUCGAGCUCCAGGGCAGCGGCUAUCGCUUAUCGCUGGUCAAACGGCGAUUCGUUUCCGGAAAAUAUGUGUGCGAGGGCGAUGGUAUACGUAGUGGAGCUACGCCCACACCUCCGUCGGUGGGUUCCACCAGUCCGUAUUCGGCGAAGUCAAACUAGUUGCUCCCCAAUUAAUAGACGGUAAAUGGAAACGAAAAAUGGCAAUAUGGCAAUAGGCUCGUGAAAAACUAGAAAAAUUUUUGUAACUAUUCUUAAAUAUGAGACAAACACACAUACACCUAAACCAUAUUUAAUUAGGCACAGAAAUAGUGGAGCCUUCUUAGUUUUCUCUGAGCUUUUUAUUAUCACCCCUUGAUUCCGAUUUGGAUAUCACAGAGCGAAAUUGAAAUUGAUAAAGUUUAAUUUUUGACCACAAAUAUGUCAAUUUUGUGAAAUCAAAUAUACCGCAGUAAAUUUAUUUAAAAUGCUAUAAAUUAAAAUAACGUAAAAUGACAAUGUUGAAAAAAUGGAACUUUAUCAAUUUGUAUUCCAUUUAUUGAAGACAAUGAGGAAUUGGAAAUAGGGCUUAUUAUGUAUUUUUGUACACACGGAAUUAUGUUUUCCAAGCGAAAUGUUGAAUCUGCAUGCUGGGGGUCCGAAAUGCGGGUCGUGCUCUGCAAAAUCUGGAUGUAUUAUUUGUUAUAUAUACGUAUGCGAGUAUAUAUUAUUAAAAUGUAUUUAUUAUGUUUAACUGAAUAUGAUGUAAACGAACGAUAUUGUAUGUAGCUAUGUAGAUAUCUAAAAACCACACACCGAACGUUGAUUUUAUGUUCACUUUUGUACACACAACCAAAUCCAAAUGUAUUAAAUGUAAGAUACAAAAAACCUGCAUUGCGU